AUGAUGAUGAAGCGGUCGCUCGAGUUGGAGGAGGCACGGCCAGUUUAUCUCUCCCCAGAAAAACGCCAGCGACUCGCCCUCGAGUCGCUCCCCCGCGCCGCUCCGCCGCUUCCCACGCCCAAGCCUGCUCGCGAAUCCUCCUCCUCCUCCCACCGCGACUCGUUCCGUCACCGCGACCGUGAAGAGAAGCGCGGCUCGUUCCGUCACCGCGACCGCGAAGAGAAAGAUGUGCUGGAGAAAACGGCGGAGAAGUUGCGGGAGACGAUCAGGGAGCAGUACCUAGGGUCCAACAAGACCAAGACCAGGACGGUCUCCAUGAAACCCUCGGCCAAGUUCCGCUUCUCGUUCGACUGGGAGAACACGGACGACACCAGCUGCGACACGAACGCGCUCCAUCAGUCGCCGCUGCUGCUCUACGGCCGAGGCUUUCUCGCUGGUAUCGACCGCCGCGAGCAGAAGAAAGCGGCAGCCCAGAAGGAGAACCGCGUCGAGCUGCGGCGCGACACCAGCCCCGAAGAAAGCACGAAGAAGAAGGCGGAGAUGCGCGACUCCUUUGGCAUGCGCGUGGACAGGCACUGGACCGACAAGGCGGCCGAGGAGAUGACCGAGCGGGACUGGCGCAUUUUCCGCGAGGACUUCAACAUCUCCUACAAGGGCUCCCGCCUGCCCCGGCCGAUGCGGGACUGGAAAGAGAGCAAGCUUGGAGCCAGGCUGCUUCGUGCCAUCGACAAGGUUGGCUACAAGAAACCGUCUCCGAUUCAGAUGGCCACCAUCCCACUCGGUCUGCAGCAGCGCGAUGUUAUCGGUGUCGCCGAGACAGGCUCGGGGAAGACCGCCGCGUUCGUGCUCCCCAUGCUAUCCUACAUUAGCCGCCUGCCACCCAUUACGGACGCCGAAGCCGCCGAAGGUCCCUAUGCUCUUGUGAUGGCACCAACUCGCGAGCUCGCUCAGCAGAUCGAGAGAGAGACCACCAAGCUUUCGACUUACCUAGGAAUUAAGGUCGUGUCCAUCGUCGGCGGCCAAUCCAUUGAGGAGCAGGGAUUCGAGGUUAGGCAGGGCUGUGAGGUUGUGAUUGCCACGCCUGGCCGGCUCCUUGACUGCCUGGAGAGAAGAUACAUUGUGCUCAACCAGUGCAACUAUGUCGUGCUUGACGAGGCUGACAGGAUGAUCGACAUGGGCUUUGAGCCACAGGUCGCCGGCGUCCUUGAUGCGAUGCCAUCUAGCAACCUGAAGCCUCAGAACGCGGAAGAGGAGCUGGACGAGAAGAAGAUCUACAGGACUACCUACAUGUUCAGUGCCACCAUGCCACCUGCUGUGGAGCGCCUUGCAAAGAAGUACCUCCGGAACCCCGUCGUCGUUACCAUAGGCACGGCUGGCAGCGCCACGGGCCUCGUAACUCAGAGCGUGAUCAUGGUGAAGGAGUCGGACAAGAUGCCACGGCUCCGGAAGAUCAUGGCGGAUCUUGGGGGGGACAAGACAGCCGUCGUCUUCUGCAAUACAAAGAGGUCGGUGGACGACCGUGCCAAAGAUCUAGAGAGGCUGGGAUUCCGCGUCACAACGCUGCAUGGUGGCAAGUCACAAGAUCAGAGGGAGAUCAGCCUCGAUGGGUUUAGGAACCGUCGGUUCAACGUGCUCGUGGCCACCGACGUCGCGGGGCGUGGCAUCGACAUCCCUGAUGUUGCCCAUGUGAUCAACUAUGAGAUGCCCAGUUCGGUUGACACAUACACGCAUUGUAUUGGAAGAACAGGGCGCGCGGGGAAGAAGGGGCUCGCGACUUCAUUUUUGACUCUAGAGGACAGAGACAUCUUCUUUGAUCUCAAGCAAAUGCUUGUACAGAGCAAUAGUUCUGUGCCACCUGAACUCGCAAGGCACGAUGCCUCGAAAUUUAAGCCUGGCUCAAUUUCUGAUAGACCUCCAAAGCGAUGUGACACCAAGUAUGCAUCUCACUGA